AUGAAUAAAUUCUAUCUUGCUAUAAGUAUUAUUUGUUUUGUUGCUAUUAACGAUGGAGCAAAGGUUUCAAAAGGUACACAAAACAUUAUCUUAACUGGUCGUGUUACAUUUCCUGAAGGUUCACCUACACCUGUUGAACCAGAUGGAAAAUUAACAGUAGAAUUACAAGAUACAUCACGUGCUGAUGCACCAGCAAAAGUUAUUGCACGUGGAACAAGUAAAGUUACUAAAUUUCCAGUGGCAUUUGGAAUGAAAUAUUCAUCAAAUCAAAUUACUCCUGGACAUACAUAUUCAUUACAUGCCAAUAUUAAAAAUAAAAAGAAUAAAUUAUUAUAUACUAAUGAUGUUCGUAUUCUAGUAACACCACUUAAUGUUAAUCGAAAAAAACCAAUUGAAGUUCCUGUUAUACUUGUCAAAAAAGCAAAUCCAGGAUCUAAGAAAAGUCAAUGGCCAGAAUUAGUUGGUAAAAAGGGCAACGAAGCAGUUCAAAUUAUUAAAAAAGAAACAGGUUUUACAAAUGUAGUAUUAAUCAAAGAAGGAUCACCGGUAACAAUGGAUUAUAAUACGGGUCGUGUACGUAUUACUGUCAACAAGCAAGGUAUCGUGACACAGACUCCAAUGAUUAGUUAG